AUGAGCAACAGCGAGAAAGAAUCAAUCCGGCAUCGACUUGGGAAAGGGAAAAAAUUGACCAACGAGAUACCAACAAAAGUUGAAGAUGAUGACGACGAUAAAAAGGAAGAACAAGAACAGGGCAAUCCAAUCGAACACGCGAUCGCAGCGGUGGUGGAGUACGUCGGGUAUUUCUUCGCGAAGUUGAGCAAGUUUCUUUCCUCCAAAUUCACCGAUGUGAACGAGGAAAACGAUGGAAAAUUAGAGACGAAACUGAGCGAAAGCGGUUUGGAAACGAUGGUAUACAUUCGAUCUCGAUUGGACGUGAAGUACGACGAGACGCAAAGAGAACACGUGGACAUGUUGAAGAUAUUAUGGAGGAGUUGUUUUGAUGAAGAUGGGGUUGAAUUUCCUCUUGCAUCAAAGUCUUCUUCUUCUUCUUUAGCCGCGUCCGAACGACAACAACAACCGCGUUUGGGACACGCGAGCGAAAAGUGGAAAGACAUGGGAUGGCAAGGCACGCACCCUUCGACGGAUUUACGAGGGUGCGGCGUUUUCGCUCUAGAAAAUUUAGUCUACUUCUCGCAAACGAGGAAAGAUCUGUUCAAAGUUCUCGUGGAGAAGAAAAACGGGAAACGAAGCGAUUGGGAGUACCCGUUCGCGGCGGCGGGCGUGAACGUGACGCACGAGUUGACGAAACUCUUAGACGUGGAUGGAAUCAUCAGAAACGGAUCGGUAGAUGAAACGUUGAGAGUAGAUAAGUGCGUCGUCGGCUUUCUUGAGUUGGUUCGAAGAAGACGCACCACGAGUAGUAGUAAUAAUAAUAAUGAUAACGAUAGUAGCAUUAAUGGCGGAAGUAGUUUUCGUCGGAAAGAAGCUUUCGUCGCCGCUUUCCACGAGCUGUACUGCGACGCGUUUGAAAUCUUAGAUCAAGAGUGGUUGCUCGCCGAAGCGACGUACAUGGAGUUCCCGAAAGUGCUCGAGAGAACGAUUCGCGUUAAAACGAGAGAAAAGUUGGAACGAUUCGCCGAAGAAGUGCGGGGCCUACAUAAUGAAUGA